AUGGCUAAACGAUUGACGCGAAACCCGGGACUGCCUGCGGAUCAGCCUACGGCGUCGUACUGGCAGCAACCACUGCACAGUCAACUCGCCGGCAUCCAGUCGAGUUCCCUCCCUGAAGAACGGGAUGUAGUGAUCAUCGGUUCCGGCAUCACCGCAUGCAGCGUCGCGCGCGAGCUUCUGAACGCUGGCCAGGGCAUGAAGCUUACCGUUCUCGAAGCCCGCGAGAUCUGCUCAGGAGCCACGGGUCGCAACGGCGGGCGCAUCAACUGCAUGGCCGUUUUGGACUUUGAAAAGUACUGCCGGAAAUUCGGUAGACAGGCAGCCAUCAAAAUCGUCCGCUUCGAGCUUGCUCACUUUGACGAGCUCAUGGCGGCGGCAACUGAGCUUGGGCCCGAGGAGUUCGAGAGGUCCGAAAUUAGAGAAGUUGGGACUUGCGCCGCUGUCUUUGACGACGAGAAGCUGGCAGAUCUUCAACGGAUGCUGAUUAAUUUCGAGGCCGCUUUCCCAGAUCUCAGGGGUCGCUGGAGAAUUGCGGGAGCGCAGGAGGUUCAAGAGACCUUCAAAAUCCCUCAGGCCAAGGGUGCUCUGAUCGGGCGCGCUGGAGCAGCGUGGCCGUAUCGCCUUAUCACAAGCAUCUGGUCAAGGCUAUUAUCCGAGCACGGUGAGAACAUCACGAUCGAGGCAAACACUCCAGCGACGCAUAUUCGGAGGGUCAAUGCCCCCGACUGGCAUCCCUUCUACUUCUCCCAAGGCUUCGACUACCUUACACAGAACGCACGAUCUGGAGAGUUGUUUGUGGGAGGCGGCGAUAUUGGAGGAGAACAAGCGUUGAUGGAGCCUCUCGGUGAGGCGUCGGAUGCGGAAGAAUCCAUCACCGCCAAGGCGCACCUUGCAGGUGUUGUCGGGGUCGUUUUCGGGAAAGAAAACACGGGAGAUCCGCCGGUCAUGCGGUCUUCUUGGACAGGCAUCAUGGCCAACACGUUGGACGGCGUGCCACUGGUGGGUAUGCUCCCUUCUGGUACGGUUGAUCGACGCGCCGGCGACACCAAAGCUGCAGAAUGGAUCAGUGCUGGCUACGGUGGUUAUGGCAUGGUUAAUGCAUGGCUGUGUGGCCGAGCCGUCGCGCAGAUGCUUAUGGGCAAGGGCGUGAGCGAGUGGUUUCCAGACGAGUAUGUCAUCACCCGGGAGAGAAUGCGGAGGCUGCGGGAAACGUUGGAGAAGAUCUCUGGCUCAGAGAUGCACCUUAAGGCCUUAAUGUAG